AUCGAGCGGCUGCUGUGGUUUCAGGGUCGCUGCUGCUGCCGAAGCGGCGCUUUACGAACGACACGCCGGUGAAACAGAAGAUCCCGGCCGAGCGCGGACUUUCAUAAUUAAAUCGGAAAGUGUGUCUCCAUCAGCUUUAAAUCCCCGGUUUUGCCUCAGUCAUGGCUGUGAACGUGUUCUCGACAUCGGUGACAAGUGAAAACCUCAGCCGCCAUGACAUGCUCACAUGGAUAAACGAGUCAUUACAGAUGAACCAUGCCAAGAUCGAGCAACUGUGCACAGGUGCCGCUUACUGUCACUUUAUGGACAUGCUGUUCCCAUCGUGUCUUCCACUGAAGAAAGUCAAGUUCCAGGCCAAACUCGAACACGAAUACAUCCAUAACUUCAAACUCCUUCAAGCCAGUUUUAAAAAGAUGGGUGUUAGUAAAAUUAUUCCUGUUGACAAGCUUGUGAAGGGCAAGUUUCAGGACAACUUUGAAUUUGUGCAGUGGUUUAAAAAGUUCUUCGAUGCGAACUAUGAUGGGAAGGAAUAUGAUCCGGUGGCAGCUCGACAGGGACAAGAUAUUCCAGCCAGUCAGAGUCCAGCAGUAGCCACGGCUAACAAGGGAAGGAAGCCUAGCUCAGACACAGGUAUCACACCUGCAAUCAAGCCAAUGGCCCCUGUUGCUCCACAGCGUUCAGCAGCAGCACCUAAAUCUACAGCAAAAACAUCUCCUGCGGCAACGAGAGCCACAGGCAGCGGCGAUGAAGAAAAGGGUGCACUUACUCAGAUGAUAAACGACUUGAAGGCCACCAUUGCUGACAUGGAAAAGGAAAGGGAUUUCUACUUCGGCAAGUUGAGAAACAUCGAGCUCAUCUGUCAAGAGAAAGAGGGCGAGGGUGAUCCGACACUGCAGAAGAUUGUGGAUAUUCUGUACGCCACAGACGAAGGGUUUGUAAUUCCAGAAGAUGAGGGUGGUGAACCAGAAGAGUUUUGAUCAAUCCAGGGGUGACCGUUUAAAUUUUUUAUUAUUAAAGACCCCGCUGGACACUCGAAUGCACAUACUGGCUUAUUCCUGCUGUUCUGCUGCACUUGCCUUCGGUCCAUCGUUUUGGACUUUGACUUUUGAAUGUCUUUUUAUUCAGGGACGUUUCUAUACAUUGAAUUUUCAGCUUUUUUUUUAUUGACCAUCAAAACACAACUAUUUUUGUGAAUGAAAAAAUAAAGUACUUAUCAAAGUCUGUUUCUAUAAA